AUGUGCCAGGCCGAUACGCCCCUGGGUGUUGGCUUUUGGACCGAGACCACAACGCAAUGCAAAGUCUUGGAGAAGCCGAUUGUAGUUCCCCAUGGUCAGGACCACUUUCAAGGAUAUAGCAUCCUCUACGCUUACUGUGCAGAGGAGGGCUUGACCCAGCUCCUGGAGGGAGUGCUUCCGCCGAUCCUACCAGCAACGCAGAAGGAGCCUUCGAAGUUCCCAAGCUUGGAAGCAAUCUCGGAGAACUUUGGAGCGAAAGACCCCAAGGCAGCUGCGCCCAACUCCAAGUUCUGUGUUCCCCUGCGAGUGCCUGGAGAGUUGGCCACGCAAGUCACGGAUGUUGCACCAGGCAGAGAUAUUUGGAUGGUGAGAUUCGACCAGGACUUGAUCACACCCUUUCUGCAGGCAGCCAAGGCGUGCGACGCCACAAAGCUGAGAGCAGGCCUCGCAGAAGGAGUGAAAGGUGACACGGUGGACGAAGAUGGCGUGAGUGCCUUGAUGAUGGCCGCCUCCGAAGGUGGAGCUGAGGCAUGUGAGGUCCUUCUGAAAGGCGGUGCGGCAGUCAACCAUGCCGAGCGCAAGAACAAAAGGACGGCCCUGAUGUGUGCUGCUCAGGGAGGACACCUAGAAGCAGUGAAGACUUUGUUAGCAGCAAAGGCUGACACUACACAGGUCGACAGCGAAACGCAGACAGCCUUGCACUGGGCAGUGGGAAGCACUCAGUGGAGAUGGGGACCUUUGGGCCAACUCGCUUGA